GUAGACAAGUUUUACUUCUUGUUAAUAAUGCAUCCUCUCAUACAGCUCUAGAAACAAGUAAUCCAACUGAAGUUCAAGAUAAUACUGAAGAAUCUGCAUUAGAAGAUAGCUCUGCUGAAGAAACUAAAGAAAUUUGA